AACGAUGAACUGAUCGGCGAUUUGUGGCAUAAAAUCACUCAAAACGUGUCGAAAGACGCGUUGUUUGUAAUAACUGGUCGUCAAAACGCUAACAUCUAUGACGAAAACGAUACUCAAGUCAAUCAUCGUUUCCGUAGGGCUGCGAAAGCGGCCAAAAACGACGACUUGAAGCGAUUAGUGUCCGUCAAGUCGUGUCUCUUUUAUUUCACGCGCUCUUUGGCCGUCACGUACACCACGAGUGAACCGUAUUGGCAGACAAUUGACACUAAAUUUGAUUCAAUCCCGAAACCCGUGUCGGAUGAGUCCAAGUGCUGGGAAGGCAAAGAGCCGGCCGUUUUGGACCUCACGUACACGAAAUUAGACACCACUCUUAAGCUCACGCUUACGAUCGCUAAUAAAAAAGGUGGUUACUGGAGAGUGACUAAAGGCUCGGCGUUUAUCCAGACAUCGAAAUCAUCGGACGACUUUACACUCGAUGUGAAUGAGAUCACCGCCGGUGACAAGUUUUCGUACAGCUGUUCCCAAUUAAAGAUUGCGUCCAAGAAUACCUCAAAUUCGGCCCAAAUUCGUCUCAAAUUCAGUGAAUUUCAAUUACAGCCGUUUGAGAAUCCGGUGAACAAGAAAAUAGUAUUCACUUCCAGCGAG